AUGGUCGGCCUUAUCGUGAAACCUGAAGGCCUCGAUGACGUCAGAGAUGAGGACGUUAAUCGGUAUUACAAUUACGUUAGGAACGGGGUUGAUACAAUUCACGUUGCUAAUAUGGGGGAGGACGAUGUGGAGAAAAUUUUGAACCUCGUACCCAGCGAUUUUCGUGGGAGAUUUGAGGAUUUUACGGAGGAACUCAUGGAACAAGUUAGAGAAGAUUAUGUUGGGGCUGUUAAGCAGUCAAUUGUCGAUUUCGUGUUAUCGGAUCCUUUUCAGGAAGAAAUUUGCGAGAAGGUAAAGAAUAUAACAUCUGACUUCGACUCCCACCAAAACCAAUUAAAAAAAUACUUGUUCCCGAUAAAUCCUUGCAUGAGGCUGACACUAGAGCACUGGAUUAGGGACUGGAAGUCGUUUCGCCUGAUCGAUCUCGACGCAAUUAAAGCGAGUAACGAGAGCUGGGACUUAAUGGAGUUCAAGUCGACUAUUUUCAAUCAGAUUUCGAACAGUAGAAAAACUUUGAAGAGCAAGUGGUUCGACAACAUUCAGAAUAUUUUUCUCGUGAAUAAUAGAAAGGGGCUAGUACCCAGCCCCUUGAAGAAAAAAAGCUUCAAACGUUUCUUCGACUGCGCUUGCACGAUGAUGGAAGCCCAACUCCGGAGCAUUUGCACUCACACACUUCGAGACUUUAUGAAUUUCAUAUUACAUUAUUCGGAAAAUCUAUUUAAGCUGAAUGUAAUAGUCAAAGAGAGGGAGCUUGUCUUUGAUCCCCAGAUUGAAUACUUUGGUGAAGUCCUUUGUGGCAUUUUGGAUACUAUUAUUGAUGCUGUUGGAGGCAUUGAGAGGCUUGAGACACAGCUGUACUUGGAUUGGUCUGGCCCGGCGGCUGUCUUGAAACCAAAAAUUUCUACUACUACUGUAGAGAAAUAUAAACAAGAGAUCCGAGAGCUUUUGGAGAAUCAGAAAAUUGAACCUGAGAAGAAAAUGGAUACACUUCGAGAACACUCAAGACUCUACAGUGGUUUGGAAUUGAGUAAAGUAAACGCAUUUCUGUCAGACACAACGAAAACACUCGAAGACUAUAAAACUACAAUCGCCUUUUACCAUAACUUAGCUGCAGAUAUCCCGAUCAUGAUAGAAAAGACGGUAUUCGCUGGACUUUUUGAAAUCACCCAAAACAAUUUCAUCGAAACUAUCGUUGAUUCUGUGAAUGGGUUGAAAAACUCGUUAAUUACCCGUGUCGUGGAUAAUUAUCAAGCAAAAGCAAAGCUAGCUGGAAAUGACUAUCAAGCAAUAGCAGAAAAAGCUCUGAGUCACCCGAUGAACACAGCAGGUUUGAUGGAGCUAAUAGACUACGUGCAAAAAUCCGAAUCAGUUUCCCUGAAAUCGCUCGAGUCCACGCUUUCCGAAAUAAUAGAAAAUGUGGCUUUUCUCUCGGACUUCUGGCUCCUCUCUGAAGCCGAAAUUGCCACCAACAACAAUGCCUUCAACUGGUUUCAUAAAAUGCCCAAAAUUCUGGAAGAAUAUCGUGAGAAUGUUAAAACAAAAACUUUGUACUUUCAAGAAGCUUUAAAAUCUCGUUAUCAAAAGUUUGAGGAAGAACUCGAAUCUUAUGCAAAGCAAGUGGAAGAGAUCCAGCACUGGGGAGACAUGGAAGAAGUCUUCCGAUAUCAGAAGAAAACUCAGAACCUGGAGAACAAAUUAAUAGGAGCGAUGGAGAAGAUCGACAAGUUCAAUGAAGAGGAAGUCUCGUUUGGAUGGGAGACAACUCAAUAUCCUCUCCGAAAAAAAAUAGCAGAUCGUUUGAUUCCUUUUAAGAAGCUCUUCGAUGCCACUUGUGAAUUUCUCGUAAAACACGAGAAGUGGACAGGCUCGAUGAUCGGAUCUUACGAUCCUGAAGACAUCGACAACGACGUCAGCAUUGCUUAUAGGACUCUUUAUAAAGUUCAACCACACCUAAAGAAGUGUUUCGAAGGAAUUGCAAAAUUAGCAUUCGAUGCAGAUCUGGAAGUCCACAGAAUGAAAUCAGCCGAAGGUGAAGAAGUGGAAUUAGUGGAUGUUAUUUCGACGUCUGCAGCUAGAGGACAAGUUGAGAAAUGGCUGUUGGAGUUGGAGACGGACAUGAGAAAGAGUAUUCGUAACAUGGUGAAACAGGCGAUCGAGGCUUAUCCCCUCAAGAAAAGGACUGCUUGGGUCCUGGAGUGGCCAGGGCAGACAGUUCUCUGUGUUGGACAACUGUACUGGACUCAGCAGAUCGAGCAAGCGAUGCCACAAGGUGUCGCAGGUCUUAAGAAAUAUCUAGAUCAGUGCCAACAGGAGUUACACGAUAUUAUCUUGCUGAUCAGAGGGAAAUUAUCGAAGCAGAAUCGAAUCACUUUAGAGGCAUUAGUAACACUAGACGUCCACGGCAAAGACACGCUAACUCAGCUACACAAAGACGAAGUAGUAAACAACAGCGACUUCAAGUGGCUCUGUCAACUCCGUUACUACUGGCAGGAGGAGAGUCUAAUCACCUACAUGAUAAACUCCAGUCUCCGCUACGGCUACGAAUACCUCGGAAACUCUUCUCGCCUGGUGAUCACCCCUCUCACAGACCGUUGUUACCGCACUCUCUUCGGUGCGCUCUCCCUACACCUGGGAGGAGCUCCAGAGGGUCCUGCAGGGACAGGAAAGACCGAGACAACAAAAGAUUUAGCGAAAGCAGUGGCAAAACAGUGUGUAGUUUUCAACUGCUCAGACGGUUUGGACUACAUCGCCCUCGGAAAAUUCUUCAAGGGUCUGGCCUCCUGCGGCGCAUGGUCCUGCUUCGACGAAUUCAACAGGAUCGAUCUCGAGGUGUUAUCAGUCGUUGCUCAGCAGAUUCUCACGAUCCAAAGAGGAAUCAACGCUGGAGCAGAGAAGCUCAUGUUUGAAGGAACGGAAAUCAGUUUAGACCCAACAUGUGCAGUCUUCAUCACCAUGAAUCCAGGGUACGCUGGGAGGUCUGAGCUUCCUGACAAUCUGAAGGCGCUCUUCAGGUCCGUAGCCAUGAUGGUCCCCGAUUAUGCUCUCAUUGCUGAGAACACUCUCUACUCUUUUGGGUUUUACAACGGAAGACCCCUGGCAGUGAAGAUUGUAACGGCUUACAAAUUGUGCUCGGAGCAGUUGAGCAGCCAGUGUCAUUACGAUUACGGCAUGAGGGCUGUUAAAUCAGUGCUGACAGCCGCUGGAAAUCUCAAGCUGAAGUAUCCUGAGGAGUCCGAAGAUGUUCUCAUGUUGAGAAGCAUCAAGGAUGUGAACUUGCCGAAAUUCUUGAGCCACGACCUUCCGCUCUUCCAAGGAAUUGCCUCGGAUCUGUUUCCAGGGGUCAUCCUUCCUACUCCGGAUUACUCGCACUUGAAUGAAUGCGCGAGGAUCGCUUGUGAGAGAAUGAAUAUUCAGUGCACGGAUUUCUUCUUGGAGAAAGUUCAGCAGAUUUUCGAGAUGAUGAUUGUGAGGCAUGGCUUUAUGAUCGUGGGGCUGCCUUUCGGUGGGAAGACCACUGCUUAUAGGGUUCUUGCCGAGGUGCUGGGGAUGCUGGAGGAGAGAGGGCUCAUGGAGGAACAUCAGGUGGAGAUUAUCGUCAUCAACCCCAAGUCGAUCACCAUGGGACAAUUAUACGGACAAUUCGAUCCAGCCUCUCAUGAGUGGAGUGAUGGGAUUUUAGCAGUGAGCUACCGAAGUUUCGCAGUCUCAACGAAUGAAAACCGAAAAUGGUUGAUUUUUGAUGGUCCCGUCGACGCGAUUUGGAUAGAGAACAUGAACACUGUGUUGGAUGAUAACAAGAAACUUUGUUUGAUGUCUGGAGAGAUCAUUCAACUUGCUCCCACUACUAAUUUGAUAUUUGAGCCAAUGGAUCUGGAGGUGGCCUCUCCAGCCACUGUUUCUCGAUGUGGCAUGAUUUAUAUGGAGCCUGUGGCCCUGGGCUGGGCGCCUUUGUUGACUUCCUGGCUGAAUACUCUGCCUGAGGGCUUGGGGGACAAUAUAAAAGGGCACUUAGAGGACAUGUUCAUGAGGUUCUGCCCAGCCUUGCUACAUCUUAUUCGUCGUUCCGGUGAAAUGAUUAGUAUGCCUGAUGCAAAUCUUGUGAGAUCAGUUACAUAUCUUCUAGACUGCUUCUUGAGUGAUUGUAAGACUGAGGGAAGCUUAUCUGGAGUCACUGAGAGUGAUUUGACGGCUCAGAUCGAGGGCUCUUUCUUCUUCUCUUGCAUAUGGGCAAUGGGUGGAACCUUGAUGGUGACUUAUCGAGAGUGGUUCAACGAUUUAUUCAGAGGUCUUAUGGCCCCCGAGCUCCCUGAAGAUAUUCACAAACGAUUUAAUCUUCCUCCAGAAAUCACCAGCCCCAAAGAUCCAUACAUUACUGCAAUCCCUUCAAAGGGUUCAGUCUUUGAUUAUAAAUUCACGAAACAGGGUAGAGGGCUGUGGACACUCUGGGUGGAGGACUUAAAAUCCGUUCCAGCGAUUCCCAAGGAUAUUCCUAUGAACCAAAUAAUUGUUAACACCAUUGAAACUGUCAGGUACUUCUAUCUGUUCCAAAAUUUGGUGUCUCAGCAUAAGCCAGUGCUACUUGUGGGGCCAACGGGAACUGGGAAGUCGGUUUAUGUAAUGGAGUUUCUACUGAAGAGGAGCAAUCCUCAAGUGUUCAAACCACUUUUUAUUACCUUCUCUGCUCAGACUACUGCCAAUCAGACUCAGGAUAUGAUUAUGAGUAAAAUGGAUAAGAGGAAGAAGGGAGUCUAUGGAGCUCCACCUGGGAAACACUGGGUCGUAUUCGUCGAUGACGUGUCAAUGCCAUCAAAAGAGGAGUAUGGAGCUCAACCCCCAAUCGAACUACUCAGACAAUGGAUGGACCAUGAGUCGUGGUACGACAGAAAAGAGCUCGUACCUUUUUAUCUGAAAGACAUGCAGCUCAUCUGUGCCAUGGGACCGCCCUCUAGCGGAAAAGAUGUCACUCCCAGGUUCAAAAGACAUUUCUUCACCCUAAGCAUUUCUGAGUUCGAAGACGACGUGAUGGUCACCAUCUUCAGGAAAAUCAUGAAGUGGCACUUGGAAACUCAGGGAUUCCCCGAAUUUUUUGGAACUUGUGUGGAUUAUAUAGUACUGGGAACUUUGGAUAUUUAUAAGGAGAGUUUGAGGCAUCUUCUCCCGACUCCAGCAAAAUCUCAUUAUUUGUUUAAUCUGAGGGAUUUCUCGAGGGUUGUCCAAGGGGUUCUGUUGUCAAGACCUGAGAGUGUUACAAAUUUGAUGGGAAUGAAAAGAAUUUGGGUCCACGAAGUACUCCGAGUAUACGGAGAUCGUCUAGUCGACGAAAAUGACGCUAAUUGGCUCGUAGGACAAAUUGGGAAGACCCUAAAAGACAGAAUGGACGACGACAUAAACGUCCUCUUCAGGGACUUCACAUCCCUCCCUCGAGAACAAGUAACAGAGACUCACUUGAGAAAUCUCGUGUACUGCGACUUUCAAUAUCCUUUAGAGGACAAAAAGCUCUACACAGAAGUGGAAAGCCUGGACGAGCUGAGUGAAGUAGUUCAAGAAUAUUUAGCAGAGUUUAACUCAAUGUCAAAAAAGCCCAUGAAUUUGGUUUUAUUCAGGUAAAUGUUUUCAAAUACGGCCAGAAGUACUAGAUACAUAAGAAAUGUCAAAGGAUAUUUUUUACAAUUUGCAGUGGAACACCUCUCAAAGAUCUGUCGAAUAUUGAUGCAGCCACGUAGCCACGCCCUGCUGGUAGGUGUAGGGGGUUCUGGGAGGCAGUCCUUGACCCGGCUUGCAUCACACAUCUCGGAUUACGAGAUUUUCCAGGUUGAAAUAUCACGUCAAUAUGGGGUGCACGAGUGGCACGAGGACCUGAAGACGAUUUUAAGAAAAACAGCGUCCAGCGAUCUCCACACGACUUUCCUAUUUACGGACUCACAGAUUAAAGAAGAAUCGUUCCUCGAGGAUAUCAGUAAUCUGAUGAACUCGGGAGAAGUGCCAAAUCUCUUUGCAACGGAUGAGAAGAUGGAGAUCUGUGAGAAGAUGAGACAGAUGGAUCGACAGAGGGAUAAGUCCCUCCAGACUGAUGGGAGUCCUGUUGCCCUUUUCAAUUAUUUCGUGCAAGUUGUUAGGGAGCAGUUGCAUGUGGUUGUCACAAUGUCACCGAUCGGUGAUGGAUUCAGAACGAGGAUUCGGAAAUUUCCAGCUCUUGUCAACUGUUGUACGAUUGAUUGGCUCCAGCCCUGGCCGGAAGACGCUCUUCUGGCUGUUGCGACCAAGUUCCUGGGGGAAAUCCAAUUGCCGGAGGAAGAACGAACUGCUUGUAUCGAAAUGUGCCAAUAUUUCCAUACUUCUACGCAAGAUUUGUCGAAGGAGUUUCUUCUGAGAGCUAGACGGCACAAUUACGUGACUCCAACAUCUUACUUGGAGUUAAUAAAUACAUUCAAAGACCUUCUGUCUAAAAAACGAACGGAGGUGAUUGAAGGGAAGCGCAGAUACGAGACAGGACUCUCCAAGUUAGAGUCUACCCACAAGCAAGUGGAAAAAAUGCAGAGAAUCCUUGCGGCACUCCAGCCCAAACUGGUGGAGGCUACGAAGGACGUCGAGAGGAUGGUUGCUAAUAUUGAGAAGGAGAAGGAAGAUGCGGCGGUGAUUGCAGACGUUGUCAAGGCUGACGAGAAAGCUGCCGCGACCGUAGCAGCAGCAGCUGAAGAAAUCCGUGUAGAAUGCAACGCAGACCUCGAACUGGUGAUGCCGAUCCUAAAUAUGGCGAACGCAGCUUUGAACACUCUCACCCCUCAAGACAUACAGAUUGUGAAGACCAUGAAAUCCCCUCCUGCAGGAGUUAAAUUGGUAAUGGAAGCCGUUUGCAUCCUGAAAGACGUAAAACCUGAGAAAGUUCAAGGUGAGGGCGGCAAAAUGGUGGAUGACUACUGGAAACCGUCCCUUCGCAUCCUCGGGGACAUGAAGUUCCUUGAAUCCCUCUUGGCCUUCGACAAGGACAAUAUUCCGGAAAGAAUCAUCACGAAAAUCCGCACAACGAUACUGACGAAUCCAAAUUUUGAUCCGGAUAAAAUUCGAAACGCUUCGACAGCCUGCGAGGGCCUUUGCAAAUGGGUCUUCGCCCUUUCUGAAUACGAUAAAGUGGCAAAGGUUGUCGCUCCUAAGAAAAUUGCUCUUGCGAAAGCAGAAGGAGAGUACAAUGAGGCAAUGCAAGCUCUAGAAAUCAAACGAGAACAAUACAAAGAGGUACAGCAGAAGCUGGAACGAUUGAUGGAUCUCCUCAAACAGAGAACGGACGAGCUUCAGGCGAUGAAUGACGAGGAGCAGGAGUGCAAGCAAAAGCUACAGAGAGCUGAGGAGCUCAUAGGCGGACUCGGGGGGGAGCAUGACAGAUGGAGUGAAACGGCAAAAAUUCUUGGGGGGCUGUACUUUAAACUCACAGGUGACAUUCUCAUUGGUUCCGGUGUCGUCGCCUACUUGGGAGUCUUCACGAUGCAGUACCGCCAGGCCCAGGUGGAGAACUGGGUGAGACUCUGCACAGAGCUCAAUAUUUACUGCACGAAAGACUUUUUACUGAGUCAAGUGCUCGGAGAUGCUGUGUCUAUUAGAUCCUGGAAUAUCUUCGGACUCCCCACUGAUCUCUUCUCAGUAGACAAUGGGAUAAUUGUGUUCAAGUCACGCCGAUGGCCUCUGAUGAUCGAUCCUCAAGGACAGGCGAACAAGUGGGUGAAGAAUAUGGAGAAAGACGCCGGAGUUCAUGUGAUUAGGCUCAAUCAGAGUGAUUACACGAGAGUACUCGAGAAUGCUAUUCAAUUUGGACAGCCUGUAUUGAUGGAGAACGUAGGAGAGGAAUUAGAUGCGGUGCUCGAGCCCUUGCUUCUCAAGCAGACCUUCAAGACUGCUGGGUCGUUGUGUAUUAAGCUCGGAGACUCUGUGGUCGAGUGGAACGAUAAAUUUCGGUUCUAUAUCACUACGAAAUUACGGAAUCCUCACUAUUUACCGGAGAUCGCUGUAAAAGUCACACUUUUGAAUUUCAUGAUUACACCUAUUGGCCUAGAGGAUCAGCUGCUGGGCAUUGUUGUGGCUAAGGAAAGACCCGAUUUGGAGAGCGAGAAAAAUCAGUUGAUUGUCCAGGGAGCUGCUAAUAAAAAAAUGUUGAAAGAAAUAGAGGACAAGAUUCUGGAAGUGCUUUCUGGGUCAGAUGAGAACAUUUUGGAGAAUCAGACAGCUAUUGCUAUUCUCAGCUCGUCAAAGGUAUUAGCUAAUGAAAUACAGGUGAAACAGGCUGUCGCAGAGGUGACAGAAAAGUCGAUUGAUGCCGCUAGACUCCAGUACACGUCCAUUGCCGUUCAUAGCACUGUUCUAUUUUUUACCAUAGCUGUCCUAGCAAAUAUUGAUCCAAUGUAUCAAUACUCCCUCGCCUGGUUCAUGAAUCUCUUUAAAGUGACAAUCGACAAUACGCCACCGGUGGAAGACAUUAGUCAACGUCUUCAGGACCUCACGAAAGCAUUUACGCAUUCUCUUUACAUCAAUAUCUGUCGAUCACUGUUCGAGAAGGAUAAACUUUUGUUCUCAUUGAUACUCGCGAUUAAUUUACUGAAUAAGAGGGGUGAGGUUUCAAUGUCACAGUGGAUGUUUCUGUUGACUGGUGGCGUUGGACUGGAUAAUCCUGACAGGAAUCCGACUGAAUGGCUUCCUUCGAAGUCCUGGGAUGAACUUUGUAGACUUGAUGAUGUUCCUGGAUUCACAGGGAUUAAAUCAAAAUUCGUCCAAAAUGUUCAGAAGUGGAAAGAAAUAUUCGAUCACAGAGAGCCUCAGUCUCAAAAGUUCCCUCAGCCAUUCGAUAAAAUAACUCUUUUCGAAAAAAUGUUGAUCCUUCGGUGUUUGAGGCCUGACAAGGUCGUGCCAUCAGUUCAGCUCUUCGUUGAAGAUCAACUUGGGAGACAAUUUGUAGAGCCUCCGCCCUUCGACUUGGGCUCCUCCUACGCAGACUCCUUCUGCUGCAUUCCUCUUAUCUUCGUUCUGACCCCCGGAGCGGAUCCUACCGCGGUUCUGUUAAAAUUCGCUGAUGAUCAGGGCUUCGGAACAUCGAGACUCUUUUCUCUAUCACUGGGUCAGGGUCAGGGUCCAAUAGCCGUCAGUUUGAUUGACGAGGGAGUGAAGAAUGGCACUUGGGUUGUACUCCAAAACUGUCACUUAGCCAAGAGUUGGAUGCCGACCCUGGAAAAGAUUUGCGAGGGUUUCACACCAGAAUCUGUGCAUCCAGACUUCAGACUGUGGCUCACCAGUUAUCCCGCUGAACAUUUUCCCAUUAGUGUUCUUCAAAAUGGCGUCAAGAUGACUAAUGAACCACCUAAAGGACUCAGAUCAAAUAUUACGCGAUCGUUUCUUCAGGAUCCAAUCUGCGACCCUGAUUUCUUUGAGACAUCGAAGCAAAAGACCUCCUUCAAGAAAUUACUGUUCUCAUUGUGUUUCUUCCAUGCUAUUGUUCAGGAGAGAAGGAAGUUUGGACCAAUGGGAUGGAACAAUCCGUAUGAGUUCAAUGAGACGGAUCUUCGCAUUAGUGUACUUCAGUUAAAGAUAUUUCUGGAUCAAUAUGACGAUGUGCAGUAUGAAGCAUUGAAAUAUCUUACAGGUGAAUGUAAUUACGGCGGUCGAGUGACUGACGAGUGGGAUCGCCGUACUCUCAAUACAAUUCUCGAGGUAUUCUAUUGCGAGGAAGCUGUGGAAGAGCGAUCAUACCGUUUCGACUCCUCGGGUCAAUACUACAUCCCAUGGGUCUCAGAGCACUCUGAAUUCCUCGACUACGUGAGGGACCUACCAAUGAUAACAGGACCAAGUGUCUUUGGCAUGAACGACAAUGCUGAUAUAAUUAAGGACCAGCAGGAAACCGAGAUCGUGAUAGCCUCCAUUUUAUUAACCCAAGUAAAUAAUUCCAUUCGGAAGCGAAAAUUAAGCCGCCGUAAGAGAUUGUAACAAUCUUUGACAAAAAAAUCCUUCUCCCAGGAUACAGCAUCAGAGGCUUCUGAAAGUGGAAAAAGUCCGGACGAAAUAGUGUUCACAGUAUCUGAAGACAUUCUGUCGAAACUUCCCCGUGAUUUCGAUUUAGUAGACGCCUUAGAGAAGUAUCCAACAUCGUACAAUCAGAGCAUGAAUACGGUACUUGUACAGGAAAUGGGUCGGUUCAAUAAGCUGCUUCAAACGAUCAGAAACAGCCUGGGGGGUGUGCAGAAGGCGAUCAAAGGACUGACGAUAAUGAAUGCAGAACUCGAGGAAGUUUUUACGUCAAUAAUAACUGGAAAAAUUCCAAACUUGUGGAAGAGAGACUCUUACCCAUCCCUAAAGCCUUUGGGCAGUUACGUCCAGGACUUUAUUCGUCGUCUGAUGUUCUUGCAGGAGUGGUUUCAGAAAGGGCCGCCGGCUUCUUUCUGGCUCUCUGGGUUCUUUUUCACUCAGGCUUUUCUCACUGGUGCCAGACAGAACUAUGCCAGGAAGUACUCAAUACCCAUUGAUCUUCUGGUGUAUGAUUUCCUUCCCCUUGAGAAGAGUGAGUUCGAUUCUCCACCCGAGGAUGGAAUCUACGUUUAUGGACUCUUUCUCGAUGGCGCCAGGUUUGAUAGGAAAGUUAUGAUGCUGGAGGAGGCGCUUCCUAAGGUUCUCUAUGAUGCUGUUCCUUAUCUGUGGCUUGUGCCAAUGAAGAAAGAGGAGAUAAAAGAGCGAGCAACGUACACGUGUCCAGUAUACAAAACGAGUGAACGUCGUGGCGUACUAUCGACCACCGGGCACUCAACAAAUUUCGUGAUUGCCAUGUGGCUGCCGACAGAAAAACCACCGAAUCACUGGAUAAUGAGGGGAGUUGCAAUGCUCUGUCAAUUGUCCCAGUGA